AAAUUAUUUCACGGUUCGAAUAUCAUUUUUCUAAUCGUACUAUAUACAAACAUUGUAUAUUUUUCGCAACAAUGCGUGUGGCUACUGUGGUAUUGAUUUUUUGUGUUCUGACUGUGGGUCUACUCGGAGGCAAUGUGGGGGCAAGGGGAUUAGAAACUGCCAAGAGAUGUGCCUCUGAAACACAACUCAAUGAAAUACCUGUAAAGGAUAUAUUUAGUCAUGGGGAAGAACCUAAUAAAAAAAUAAAAUGUUUCGUUGCUUGCUUGGCUAGAGAAGAUGAUAUUCUUGUUCACGGAAGUUUCAACAAAGACAAAAUUUUCGAGACGCUUCCGGAUGAUUUUCCAAAUCGUGAUAAGGUUGUAGAACUGUUGGCAAAAUGCAGUGACGAGAGUAAGUUUUAUCAUAAUUAUUUAAACAUUCCUUAGUUACUUUCUGACAUAAUUAUAUCUUCCUCUACGGCAAAAAUAUAUAUUUAGCAUUCCCAACAAACAUAAAAAAAAUUUAUAUCCACAAAUAUAUCUACACAGUUAAGAAUUUUGCGCCGAUGCGUCAUAAAAUUUUGUGUUAAAAAUUUUUGUAUUGAAUGUUUAACACUUUUAUCUGUAAAUUUACAUUUAUUCCUUAAGUUAAGUCAACAUAAAAAAUGUGUUCAAUAUUAAAGUCAAAAAUGUUUGACUCAAUGACGUAAAAUUUUUUACUGUGUAUUUUUGCCGGAAACAAAUAUAAGUAAUUUAAUGUUUUUAUUUAUGUUGGAUUAAAAUUUUUUUAUACUUUCAUAAAUGUUAAUCAUAUGUAUUUCUUCCGUGUGAGCUCACUAAAAGUGAUCCAUUGGGAGAAAAAUUCAAUACUUAAAAAUAUUGUAAUUACAGAGGGAUCCGACGACUGCGAGACAGCUUAUCUCGGUGUCAAAUGUCUGCGUGAUAAUAGG